CUGUCUCUCUCUCUCCGUCUCUCGUCUAUCACCCACUCCCCUCUCUUCUCCCUUUCUCUCUCCUCUCUGUCUCUUUUCUAUCUUCUCUCCGUUUCUCUCUCCUCUUUCUCGCCUCACUCACUCCUCUCUAUCGGUUUGAAGGUGGCGGCGGCGGCGGCGGCAGCAACGAUGGAGAUGGGCGUUGGGACCAAAGCAAAUCCCAGAAAUUGGUCAUUCCAGGUAGUUUCUGGCCCUGCUGAGCAUCCAAAUUUCACAUUUCUGGACUGCAUCAACUUGGGUGAUUUUCAACCUCAAGUUCUCAUUGAAAUCUGGAUUUUUGCCACCGCCUUUAAUGAUUCUAGCUGAGAGAGUCUCAUCUGGGUUAUAAUCAAGAGAAAAUUUUGCAUAGACAUCUUGGUUAUCAUAGAUACAUAUGUUGUGAAAGUUUCUAGCAUGAUGAACAUAAAUGUCAAGAAUCCCUGAAAACUCGGAUUUAUCAUCAGAAUGAUGACUUAUUCUGUUUGAACUUGGGUUAUAACGGAACCCAGUGGUUUGAUUGAAUGAAUCCAUUGCAAUAGUUGUAUUGUAAAAUGGUAUGAUAUGAUUGGUAAAGUAGUUUUAAAAUGAUAAAAUGAGAUAUUUUUUUUGAAGCAGACGUAUGUGAAGGUGGGCCCUCUGAGACAACUUAGACUUAAUCUCUGCGUGGAGUAAGAACAUUGGUUUCUGAAAAAUAUCUCAUUUUACCGUUUCAAAAGCUAUUAAUUUGAUUGCACUUCCAGGUCUUGACUGGAGCAGCCUACAUCUGUUUACUGGGUCUCUUCUCCAGAAUCAACAAAUUGCUCUUUCAUCAGUAGUCUCUUUGUGUUUGUGUUUGUGUUUGUGUUUGUGUUAUCAGUCAAAAAGAGUUCCUUUUCUUGAUUAUCAAAAAAAAUCAAAAAUCAAAACGAGUUCCAUUUCCAAUUAUGGCUCGGGCUCUUGUUUCUACCAUCAUUGACCAGCUUGGUUCACUCAUUGCUUCAGAGUUCAAGGACCGGCUUGGUUCACUUUUUGCUUCAGAGGUCACGUCCAUUGUAAAUGUCGAGGAAGAAGUCGAAAAGCUUAAACUCAAAUUCCAAGCAAUCCAGGCAAAGCUCGACGAUGCAGAGGAAAGGCAAGUGAAGGAGAAAGCUGUGAAGCUUUGGUUAGAAAGGCUCAACGACGUAUCCUACGAGAUGGCUGACGUGUUGGAUGAGUGGAACACAGCCAAGAUCAAAGCAGACAUUGAGAAAGAAGAAGAAGCUGAAACUAGUACCGCUAAGAGGAGGAAGGUAUUGUCCCUAACCAACUUGAAUUCCUCAGUUUCUACUGUUUCUCAGCAUCGUGAUAUUGCUCUUAAGAUAAAGAAAAUUACUGAAAAGUUAGAUGAGAUUGACAGAGAGGGAGAUAUGUACCAGUUUGUACUGACUAGUGGCAAUGAAGAAGUUGUGAGACCACCAACUGAUUCCCACGUUGAUGUUUCGAACAUUCUAGGUCGUGAUAAGGUUAAGGGUGAUCUAGUGAACAUGCUAUUGGGCAGGGGUAAUGAAGAAGAAAGAAGCCCACAUGUCAUCUCUUUAGUGGGCAUGGGCGGUGUUGGAAAAACCACUCUUGCUCAACUAGCCUAUAAUGAUAGUGAGUUGAAUUCGGCCCAUUUUGAGAAAAAAGGGUGGGUUUGUGUUUCUGAUCCUUUCGAUAAGUUUAUGGUUGCCAAAGCAAUCGUUCAAGCUUUUGGAGGUGAUGUCUCCAACAUUACUCAAUGGUCAAGUCUAAUGGAUAAAAUGUGUGAAACGAUUCAGGGAAGGAAGCUUUUUCUUGUCUUUGAUGAUGUGUGGACUGAAGACUCUAUGUUGUGGGAGCCAUUCAGGCUUGCACUCCAAAAUGUUGCCCAAGGCAGUAGAAUUCUAGUCACUACACGUAAAAGUGAAGUUGCAGAUGUUAUGGGAAGUGCAAAAAGGAUCAAUUUGGAGGAAUUGUCUGAUAAUGACUGCUGGUCGAUUUUUAGUACAAUAGCAUUUUUUGGCAGGGAUUUUGAGCAACGUAAGGAUUUAGAAGAGAUUGGUAGGAAAAUAUCAGACAAGUGCAAAGGCUUGCCCCUUGCUGCAAGGACUCUAGGGAGUCUCAUGCGCUGCAAGAGUCACAAGGAACAGUGGGAGAUGGUUUUUUGUAGUAGAUUGUGGGAAUUACAAGACGUUGAAAGAGGUCUUUUUGCACCAUUGUUACUGAGUUAUUAUGAUUUGCCCUCACCACUGAGACGGUGUUUCUCAUAUUGUGCUGUCUUUCCAAAAGAUUAUGUCUUUUCUGAAGAAGAUUUGGUAUCUAUGUGGAUGGCACAAGGUUAUAUUAAGUCAAAUGCAAACAUGGAGAGAAUUGUGGCAAGAGAAUACUUAGAAAUUUUACUCAUUCGCUCUCUGUUCCAAGAUUUUAGGGAUUAUGGAUAUAAAGAAAAUAUUAUGAGGUUCAAGAUGCAUGAUAUAGUGCAUGAUUUGGCACAAUUCAUGGCAAAAAAUGAAUGCAUCACAAUCAAUGGUUACGAAGAGUCCAGGCCAAAUCUUCAAAAUGCUCGACAUUUGUAUUUAGAAAUUCCACAAAAUGCUCAAAUUCCUGAGUCCAUCUACAGCACAAAAAAUCUACGCACCCUCAUUUUCGUUGGUCUUAGAGCUCAUAACUUGUCCAAGUUGUUCCAACAUUUUAAACGGUUACGGACAUUAACUUUGAGUUAUCAACGUGGGACAAAGGCAAUGAAACUUCCAGAUGCUAUAGGAAAUUUGUUACAUUUAAGGUAUCUCAAAAUAUGUUAUUACUCCGGAGGAGACAUAUUGCCUGAAACCAUCUGUAAUCUUUGCAAUCUACAAAUUUUGAAUAUUGCAAUUACUUUUGAAAAUGCGCUCAGGAAAUUACCUCAGGGGAUGAGUAAACUGAUUAACUUAAAACAUCUUAUUUUGAAUGAAGAUGAUGUUUGGAGCCUUAGGUUUAAGUUUCCAAGAGAGAUUGGGAGAUUGAGCUCUCUUAGAAAAUUAAGUUAUUUCUGUGUGGGUGGCAGGGAUGAUAGCCAAAGAUGUGAACUCGGAGAAUUAAAAUAUUUGAACCACCUUCAAGGAACUCUUAAAAUAUAUGGGCUGGGGAACGUGGUAGAUGUGUGUGAGGCCGAGAAUGCAGAGCUCAAAAAAAAGAUAGGCCUCUGUGAUUUGUAUCUGCGCUUUUCUGAAGAGAACGUAGAGAAUCAUGGAGGAAGAAUGGAGACUGACGUAUCAGUUCUGAAUGCCUUAGAGCCACCUCCAGGCUUGGAGAACUUAGAAAUUGAUCGGUACCAGGGCACCACAAUGUUCCCUAAUUGGAUGAUGUCCCUAGCCAAAUUGAAAAGCCUUACUCUGUCUUCUGGCUUAAAUUUAGAGCGUUUACCUCCUUUGGGAAAGCUUCAGUUCCUUGAAUAUUUACUUAUAGGUAAGAUUUAUACCCAUGAAUGUUAUCUUAUAAGUGCUUCCGAUUUUCCAUUCAAAAAGGUGGGUGUUGAAUUUUUGGGAAUAGAAUCUGAAAACAAGAAAGACGGCAUAAUCAAAAUAUUCCCAAAUUUGAAAACUCUCCACUUUUAUUAUUUGCACAAGUGGGAAGAAUGGAUUGGGAUUGAAGGACAAGAAGAGGAAGAUUGUAUUAUUAUAAUGCCUUGUCUUCAAAAGUUGGAAAUUUACGACUGCCCAAAGUUAAAGUCCUUGCCAGACUUCCUUUUUAAAACUUCAUUGCAGGAGUUUGAGGUGCAUAGCAGUCCAAUUCUCAGCAAACGUUACCAAAUAGGGACAGGAGAGGACUACGCCAAGAUUUCCCAUAUCCCAAACAUCAUGAUUGAUUUUAUUGAAGUGCAAAGAGACAGUCAAGAGAUGAUGAAGGAGGAGUCUGAUGAAGAAGAGUUUGAUGAAGAAGAGUCUGAUGAAGAGUUUGACCAAGAAGAGGAGUUUGAGGACGAAGAAGAGGGCCAAUGAUCUUUGCGUUUCUAGGUUCACAAAUUCUAGCUACAAGUAGAGAUUUAUCAAUGUUGAUUUGUGUGUGUGUUUGUGUCGCCAAAGUUCAUUCUCAGCUUGAUUAAGUGUUGCAAAAGCCUGAGCCAGUCACAGGUUGAACUCUAAACUAUGGUCCAUAUGGGUAACUGCAUUUUGCUUAAGACGGAAAUGGUCAUGCAAAUAACUGACAAUUUAUUUAGCACCAUAAUAAGGAAAACAGGAAGUCUUAGUGGCACCUUUGAAACUGUCUACAGCGUUCACCUUUUCAUGGUGGUUUUCAUAAUGGUAGUGUAGCUUGCAUAUUGUAUCGCAUAAUGAUACAUGACAGUGAGGUAAGUACUUGAUCAAGUUCUGGUUUUUUGUGGUGACAUUAUAUUUAAUCCCAGAGAUUUAAACUUCUUAUAUUUUUCCUGAUUUGUUGAGAACUAAAGUUGUAAGCAUUAUCUAAAGUGUUGUAAUCUUUAUUUGAUUAUAGUGAAUUAUUUGGAUU